AAAAGCACGUGGUGGCGCUCGCGUCGACUCCACAAAUUUUUGCUUUUACUUCAUCAUAUCUGUGAUGUUGCAGCCGUACAGCUGACGGAGCCGUGGCGGUGCGGAAAGGGCCUUCAUUAAUGAAAGUUAAACGCUGGGCUUUCUACAGGACUAAUCAACUCUGCCACGACGUAAGCCAUGGAAGGGACAAGCCAGGAUGUGCCGCUGAGUGUCGACAGCAGCCCGCUGGGAAGUCAGGAUGAGGAGGCCCCCCUGUUUGGCCUGUUGGACGUGCUCAUCCUUCUGGCAUUGCUGGGCUUUGCCAUCUACUGGCUCUUCCUGAGGCGCAAGAAGGCCCCCACCUUCGAUCCGGCCGCGAUCAAAACGUUUUCCAUUGAAACAAGUAUACAGAAGGCUGACAACACCAGCUUUAUUGGGAAGAUGAAAUCAACGGGUAGGAAUAUAGUCAUAUUCUAUGGAUCACAGACGGGCACAGCAGAAGAAUUCGCUGCUCGUCUCGCAAAAGAAGCCAACAGAUUCGGUCUCAAAGCAAUGGUUGCAGACCCGGAGGAGUGCGAAAUGGAGGACCUGACCAAGCUGCCAGAGAUCACCAACUCAAUGGCCAUCUUUUGUAUGGCGACAUACGGUGAGGGAGACCCCACAGACAAUGCGCAAGACUUUUACCAGUGGCUUCAGGACGGCAGCGUUGACCUGCCUGGAGUCAAUUACGCCGUGUUUGCGUUGGGAAACAAAACGUACGAGCACUUCAACGCGAUGGGGAAGUACGUUGACAAGCGCAUGGAGGAACUGGGGGCCACUCGUGUCUUUGAACUGGGCCUUGGAGACGAUGAUGCAAACAUUGAGGAAGACUUUGUGACCUGGAAGGAGCGCUUCUGGAACGCCGUCUGCGAGAACUUCCAUCUGGAGAUCUCCGGCGAGGACAUCAACCUGCGCCAGUAUCAGCUCAUCGUGCACACAGACCUUCCCACUGAAAAGGUCUUCCACGGAGAGAUCUCGCGCCUCAACUCGUACGCCACCCAGAAAAUGCCCUUUGAUGCGAAGAACCCAUUCCUGGCGCCUGUCCGAGUGCACAAGGAACUGUACAAGGGCUCUCGCUCAUGCAUGCACAUUGAGAUUAGCAUCGCUGGCUCCAAAAUGAGGUACGAUGCUGGUGACCACGUGGCCGUCUACCCGAUGAACGACAUCGCCAUAGUUGAAAAGUUGGGACAAAUGCUCAAGGUGGAUUUGGACACCAUCAUCACACUCAAGAACCUUGACGAGGACAGCUCCAAGAAACAUCCGUUUCCCUGCCCAUGUAGUUACAGAACUGCACUGCUGUACUACGUAGACAUCACCACUCCCCCUAGGACACACGUCUUGAAGGAAAUUUCCGAAUAUGCCACCGACGAGGAGGAGAAGAAAAAGCUGAAGAUGAUGAGCUCUUCUUCUGAUGAAGGAAAGAGCCUGUACAAGCAGUGGGUGCUCAACGACUGCCGCAGCGUCGUACACAUUCUGGAGGACCUGCCAUCAGCACGUCCUCCCCUGGACCAUCUGCUCGAGCUUAUGCCCAGGCUGCAGGCUCGAUACUACUCCAUAUCGUCAUCACCAAAGGUGCAUCCAGACAGCAUCCACAUGACAGCUGUCAAAGUGGAGUAUGAGACGCCGACCAAGCGCAUCAACCACGGUGUGGCCACAGGCUGGCUUGCACUCAAACGACCCGACAACGGCACACAGCCCACGCUGCCCGUGUACGUGCGGCGGUCACAGUUCAAGCUGCCCUCGAGGCCGCAGAUUCCCAUCGUGAUGGUGGGGCCCGGCACGGGCUUGGCGCCAUUCCGUGGCUUCAUCCAGGAGAGGGAUUUCCUUCGCCGUGAAGGCAAGCCUGUAGGUGAAGCUGUACUCUACUUUGGCUGCCGCAAGAAGGCAGAAGACUACCUGUACCAGGAGGAGCUGGAGGAGUACUUGGCAAACGGUACACUGACCAAGUUAUACCUUGCCUUCUCGCGAGACCAACCGCACAAAGUGUACGUGACACAUCUCUUGCGCCAGAACAAGGAUGAGGUCUGGGACCUCAUUGGCAAGAAGAAUGGCCACUUCUACAUUUGUGGUGACGCACGUAACAUGGCAAGGGACGUGCACGAGAUCCUACUAGAGAUCUUCCGCGAGAACGGCAACAUGACGGAAGAUGAGGCAGUGUCCUACCUCAAGCGCAUGGAGUCGCAGCGGCGCUACUCGGCUGAUGUCUGGAGUUGAUGCCGCCCAGCGGCCACCCUAGCAAGUCAUUACCGGGCAGAGCGGGGCGUGCCACCACCCACCGUUGCCGUGCCCUGCUCGUUGUCGCGAGGCCUCUUCCUCGCUGCCGCCGGGAGACUGUUGUCCUGGGACACUGUAGUGGCGGUGAUGAUGACGCGUGCUCCUCCUUGUUCCUCCGGUGACUGGGGCCGCAGUCUCUCCCCGAGACCACUUCCCUGCGUUCGGUGGCUUAGUGGCAUUGGUAGUCAGUUCGCAGGCCAGGCCAGUGAGGGCGGUGCACCGCACAGUCCGACAAGCCACAGCUCUGGCAGCAGCGGCGGCGCCCACGCACACGAGCCCACCCCAGUUUCACACGCACAUUCCCGGUCCCACGCUGGUCGUGUCCCAUUGUCUUCGUGCGGUGCGGUGUUUGUGCGUCUUCCAUCCCUGCUUCUCGUCCCGACCGAGCUGCUGUCUCUGUGUUGCUUCUGUCUGCUUUCGUGCAGUGUUCUCCCCAGCUUGUUGUUGUUGAAGAGCCUGCUGGUGUGCGUUGGUUGCAAACCGCUUGAUUGCAUUCCUGUUUGAUCACUUUCAUGUCGGUUACUUUUGCAGUGCACAAAGCUGCUUUGCAGAAUUCGACGGGACGAAAGAGGUGGGUAGGUAAAUGCACUGGCUGUCAGUGUCGUUUUCACGUUGUGACAUUGAGUACAUUCUCGUGAAUCAGUGUGCCUGAAAAAGUGAAAGUGUUGCUGAAAGUGAUGGAUCAGGAAUGCAGCUCUGGAGCAUGUUGUGUGGUAGUCGCGUAACAUAGCGGUCUCGUAUGAGAACAUGGAAAUGUCUGUAAUCGCAUUUUCAUUGUGUCCUUCGCUUGUAAUAUAUGUGCGCUUAAUGCCAUGAUGUUCAAAGAAUGUUGUAUUUACACAGCCUGGUGCUCUUUUGGGCCACGUUAAUACCGCUUGAAUCAAAGCUGUGAGUGUAACUCCUGGGUAGUAGUUGCUCUGAGCAUUGGAACAAUGCCGUAAGAUGGUUUAGUAUUCCUCUAAGCAUUCCAUUACUUUUAGCCAUUAAUUAAACCCUAUGGAUAUGCUAACCGACAAUGUUUAAUUGACUGUUCUGCAUUUCAGUGCAGGACUAAUUUUGCAGGCCUGUUCGUCAUUGUGACGCAUGCGCAGAUGGCAGAAAUUUUUAUUUUGUGCAUGUGUCUAAUUUUCAUGUAAGGUUUUGGACAGUGCUCUGGCAUGCCUUUUGUGCUAGGGCACUGUGGCUUGAAUAAUAAGUGAAAUUUUAUGCUUUGUAUUUUUUUAACCAUCCUGUGCUUUUUUUUUAUGAAGUAUUUACCUUUUCGCACUUUGUCGAAGUAGCAUCAGUCAAUUCCUACUACUAGCUAUGAGUGCAAGCCAUUGCGUUUGUACAGAAUGCAUUGUGUACGUUUUUGUGUUGCAACAUGUAUGCCUACUUUUCAGUGUAAAAAUAUUACAGCACAAAUUGCUCCAUGCGCAGCUCUAAAAUAGAUAAGUUCGACAUACUUCAGAUGCCUGCGUCAUGUUACCUACUAAACUGCGAUAAUUCUGUAUUUGACGAUGCUUUUUUACAUUAUGCGCAUGCAACUCUAAGUGCCUGCAGUGCAGCGAUGCAAUAACUUUUUAGUCUUAUUGACGCAUAGUUAAUUGAGAAUAUGCAUUUUUAAACUGUUGAGUAUGUGAUGUAAGAAAAUUUCUCAGUGUAUGACUUUUGGGGAAUGCAUCAUCUUAGAAUUUUCUCUGUUGCUUGGGUCUUUUCUAAAAAAAAGUUCAUUAGUGCUUGCUUCAUAUCUUAAAGUAAGGCAAAAUGCAUUUGCGAUACUGUGAUGAUGAUGUUGACAAACAAAGCAUUAAACAUUUGCGGAAGUUUUUUGUACUAUGCUAGCGCAGUGUACGCAGCAUGGCAGAUUGACAGUGUGCAAACUGGGAAAACUGUAAUGGGCUUUGCAAAUGUUGUGCGCACAUCAAUAUUUUCUAAAAAUUUGCUUGAGCUACUGUUGCUAGUGGGAAAUGUGGCAGCACCCAUUGUGCAAACCUCAGACUGCGUUCAUUGGAUUAAAUACCGGCUUCAUUGCAUUUGCAAAGUGUUGACCAUAAAAUGCGAUUUGACAGUCUGAUCUAACUUGGUAAAAUUGACAUUGGCACCACUUUCCAGUGCAUGCUACCAAUCUGCCAUGUUAGGCUUAGCUAGGCCUAUUAUAGGAUCAUACUAGAUGGCGCCACACCCAUGGCAUCUGCUAUUUGAAACAUACUGCUAAAAGCCUCUACAAGACCCAUGUAAGAGGCGCUCUUUUAUCUUUGGCUAUGCAGAUAGCCUGAAUGCUUUCCUAGUGCUAAUUUCAUCAUAACAUAUCAGCUAGUGUGUUAAAAUUCUAUAUCUGCAGCCACAUGCUCAAGUAUUGAACUGCCGUUUACCAAGUAAUGAAUGUGCUUAGCUUUGCAGGCAAUGGAGCACAUAACUUCGGCAAAUAAUUCAAGGUUGUGGGUAUCGUGCCUUCUAUAGUGUUUGCUCCGUUUUUUUUUUCCUUUUUGCUGUAAUGAGAUUGCGACCUUGAAGGUCCGGUGUGAUGUGAAACUGUGGUGCUCUCCAAGAUGUGCACCCAUUGUUGUCUCAGUGUGUUUUUUAUCUGUUAACAAACUUUUAUUAACAAAGUUCCCCUCCUGCUUUUUAUUGUUUAUUAUUUUUCACUGUUCAUCUCGGAUGUACAUCUUACCCAAUUGGCUCUGUACAGUUAUGCGACCUAAGAGUGCACUGCAUGUUGAAAAUGAACGAUGCAUGCAUUCGUAUCUUGGACACCAUUUGCGAAGCAAGAGGUGCAGCAGUGUUACGUGUGACUUCUCUUGGCCAGUGCGCACAUUCCUCCGUGACAUUUUGUAUUUAUUCCACUGCAGCUCAAGUUUCGAGAGUAAUGUGAUGAGUUAAAGUGCAGCGUCGCCAGUGGACUCUUCUAGGCAAAUUGGGCAUUUCUACAGUGCUGCUGCAGUGUGCUGAACACACAGUGACUGUUGGGAAAAAGUGCUUCGUUCAUUGUCUGGAGCACUGAAUGUGGCUCGUACAAUUUGAAGCCAGAAACUUCUCAUUUGCUUAUUAAAAUUUUUUGUCUCCCAGUAUUACAAGCGGAACAGCUUCCUCACGUGCCGACGAGAGGUUUAGUAAUUUGGAGUACAAAAAUAAAUAAACAAGAAGACGUUUGGUAUCGGAACACCGUACAAGGUUACGUAAUAGGUUCAUCCUCCAACCUCAACACUCUCAGAAACAUUUGCACCUUUUUGGGCAUCUUUUCGUCCCACAACAGUAUUGUGUAUAUUGCGUGCCUUUCCUUGCUUUAAUGCCACGUGCUCAAUACUUUAUGGUCGGGAAUGGUGUGCAAGGCUUUGGCGUAGCGUGGCAUUCUUGAUAGGAAAGUGGCAAGCGCAGAGUUUUCAACAAAGCAAUGCAGGCAAGUCAAAUGAUGAUUACUGUUUUGGUACAAAAAGCACUCCUCAAAGAGUGUAACUGUCUUCAGGAUGAAAUAAAAGUGCUAAAUGAGGUGCUUCCUUUAGGUCUUACCGUGAUACAAGUAGCACCCCAUACAUUAGUGUAAACUUUGGGAGUUGCGAGUGCUACGUUUCAACAAACCCGUUGUAGCUGCCUUUUUUCUUUUUUUUUUUUCAGGACACUUUCACGAGCUAUUUGGUUCAAAGCUAACAUUGCAAAGAUACAUAUGCAAAGAUAAAGCCUGCACACAGAGAUUAGGCAGUAACUGCGUGGACACAUUAACGUGUCUGUGUCUUGGCACAUUCAUGGAGUAGCUUUACAUAAAGUUGUGCACCACUAGUUCUGAUAAGGUACUGUAAUACACGGGAAAAAAAGAAGUGCUUGUUCUAUGUCUUCAUAUACUUGAGAAGUAGCUUUACCACCAAGUUCUAUGCAAUGAGUUUUGAAGCUACUGUUCAAGUACACGCAGACAAUGAACUGCAUACAUUGGGUACACAUAAAGGAACCUCGCAUGGUAAUUAAUCUGGAGCCCUUCACUACGGAGGCUCUCGUUGCUGCUGUGUGAGAGGUUGUUAGACCACAGUGCUAAAUUGUGCCCAAGAUUCAAACACACAGGACCUCCAAUAAAUGUGUUCACGUAGUAGCUGCUACUGCUUAAAGGGACAUUAAAGGCAAAAAUUAAGUCAAGUUAAAGUGAUCGGUUAAUGUUAAAAAACUUUAGGGCAGUAAUGAAAACAGAGCUUUAGUGAGUGAGGAAUCAAAGUAGUCUCGAGACACAACUUCAGACGUUUUUUUGGACAUUUUAGUGCUAACCCAAUGACUUAACGCGUCGUCAUACAAUAUUGCUUCUGGUACUCACCCACCGAUAAUAAAUAUCAUUGCAGAGCUCAUGCUAACUACAAGGAGUGGAAACUUCCACAUCCAAUUGAUGUGGUUUGGUUUCUGGCUGCAUUUAUGUUAAAAAAUAAUGUAGCAACUGUUCUCCGGCCUAAUUUUUUUGCAUAGAUGGCAGUAAAGGGUGGUGAUAACGUAUGCAGUGUUACAAUUCUUUGCUCACUGUGGGUUAUCAUGGUGGGGAUCCUAGCAAAAUGCAGCUUCUUGAGCUGUUAUUCUCUUUGCAGCUAAGUCUUUUUCCUGGCAUGAAAGUGCUGUGAGGUUACUAAAAUUGAAUUAUGUUAACAUUUGCACCCCUGCUGGGAUAGCAGAGCAGGUAAGGUGUCUCGCUGCUAACUUGAGGACAUGGGUUGGAUUCCUGGCCACGGCAGCUGCAUUUCGAUGGGGUGAAGUGCAAGUACACCCGUGUACUUAGAUUUAGGUGCAUGUUAAAAGAACUGCAGGUUGUCAAAAUUAAUCUGGAGUCUACCACUACAGGGUGCCUCGUAAUUGUAGUUUUGGCACAUAAAAAGCCCCCUAAAUUAUUGACUUAACGUUUGCCUUUAGCUUCCCUUUAAUUGCAUGCAUAAGAAAAAAUGACACUGGCUUGUAGUGUCACUCUCGUCUUGCACUGUGUGUUGCCUGUGAAGACAGGUGUAUCGUUUCGCAUAAUAAUCAUUGGGCCUUUACACUUCCACUUCAUUAAGUGCCUUCGUAACUCUGCCUAAGCGCAGUUCACUUGCUGUUUUCACAGCUAUGUCCUGAAAUGUGCCUCGGGUUCAGCUGUCCCAUGCAUGUACCAAGAUAUUGUUGGUGGUGCACUGCAUGCGUCUGGCGAUGCGUGUAAUUGUUGUUGCCAAAUGUGUUUUUGGCUCCUAGAAGUGAGGCAUUUUUUAGAGAUGUAUUUUUGUACCUUUUUUUUCUUCGAAGACCUGAAUGGCUUUAAGAAAACCUACCUGUUGUGUUUUUUGGUCUUUCAUGCUGACAUUGCAAUAUUAAAUUUUUGGAAUUUUAUAUUUGCUAUCAUGUACAAAAUGUUUUUUAGGGAGAAAUAUAUUUUAGAUUUGGUCUGGUACAUUGUUUAAAUAAAGCCCACGCUUCCAUU